ACCGGCCGCCGCCAGGAAAUGACGACAACAUUGACCGGGUCACCGGAAACCUGGGGGCAAAGGUCACGGGGAAAAGAUGGCGGAACCGAGAGAAAUACGGAACCUGCGGGAUUUCCUGCUGGUUUAUAACAAAAUGACUGAAAGCUGCUUCGACAAGUGUGUGACCAACCUCAACUACAGGAGCAUCACCCUGACUGAGGAGAGCUGUGUUAACAGCUGUGCAGGAAAAUUGAUCCAUACCAACCAUCGGUUAAUGAGUGCUUAUGUCCAGCUCAUGCCGACCAUUGUUCAGAGACGAAUCUCGGACUACGAGGCAAAAGCUGCUGAGAUUGCGCAGAAACCGAGUGUGAAUCUGCCUCCAUCGUCUGAGGGGCAAAGUGACGUUCCUGACAGAGUGCCAGAGGACCUGGAGAAUUCUUUUAGCAUUGACCCCCUGACUCAUACCAACACUGGGUCUCCUGACAACAGUUAAUGGUGAAUUGCCCGGCGGUGGUGUCAUUCUUGCAGUAACUCCCCCUCAGUGUGGUGGGCCCACUUACAGCCCCAUCGCCACUUGUCAUCUGUCGAUACUGCGAGUGUACCUCCCCAGUCCCCAACCCGCAGCAGAACAAACAGCAUCAAUAUGAACUGUAUGGCAUGACCCUAAUCGCUGACUAACAGAUAAUCCAUUGUGGCACUUUCAGCACAAUCCCACACACUCCCUUGGUGCUUUCAGCAGAUGGUUUGGAAUUUGUUAACAGAGACCAGAGCUGCAGGUUGUCAAACGGCCAGGGGUGCAGGGACAAGUGGAGUCUGAAGUGACUUGGACUGACCACAGCUACCAGAGCCUGACAGGGAUGUAAACCUCAGUUCAGACUGACCAGAUUAACCAACCUGGUUAACGUUGGUUUUGAAAGUGAAAUGGCAGCUCCUGAACUCUAAACUGUGACAUCUUAAACCGGAAAAGGAGUUGAAGAGAGCUACAGAAUUGAAAUGGUUUAAAGUUACAUUGACAAUACUUCCUUGGUACUGAGUGAAUGAAUACAGUUUGAAGUUAUAGGUGAGGUCCUUGUGCAGUGACAGGACUAAAUUCAACUCAGGGAUGCAGUUGAAGCAGCUUACAGAUAACCUUGAACUUAGAAUUUUUUUUAUUAGCUAAACUGUUCAGGAUUCUGUUGUGUCUCCUAUAACCCCCCCACAUGUGAUUUGUACCUCCCUGACUCUGGAUGUGGUCCCAACUUGUGUGAGCGAUGAGCCCCCUGCACCUAUAAAGUAAGAUUGGAAAUGUAAAGUGUGUCUGUCACUGUGGGAAAAGCACACGCUGAAGUACUGCAUCACUCUCUGUCUUACACUGUACGUGGACUUUGUUUUAACGUUUGUUUUCCCAGUGUGUUUGCAACUGAGCCAGUAAUGAUGUGAGACAGUUUGAAAGGGCUGGGAUGCCCCGAUUUCUGUUUUGGGCUUGUCCUUCUCUCAGUGAAACUGUUGUUAUGAUCCCUUUUAAAAAGAGAUGAAUUUCCCAAAUGACCAACAGAAAUAAACAAGUGGACAACA